ACACCCACACCCACAUCCGCACCCGCACUCACACCCAUACCCGCAUUCUGUGCAGCGAAGCUUUUAUAUGACAAACAAGUCUUUCUUGGUGCCUUUUUUAGUGCAAUCUUGGUCGCUACCUGAAGCUUUUGGCUGUUCUUAGAUCAAUAUUUUGAUGGUAGAAAAAUAUAAAUAAUAUGCAUACAUCAAGCAAUAGAUGUACGUGCUUAGCAUUUUUAAUAAAUAGAAGCAACUAGACGUGUUUUAUUCAGUUUCUUUUAAUAGUGUUGUUUUUUAUGCGCAAUUCGCUCGACAGAGUUGUUGUGUCUUGGUAAAAGUAUUUGAAUAUUAGAGAGGUUGUUUUUCAUUCGAGAGAAUACUUCUUUUUUGCAUUUGACUAAUUUGGCCUUUCAUCAAACAAGUGAUGCAUAAUCUUGUGCUAUUGAUCGAUCGUAUCACAUUCUCUCAAUCUAUCUUUCUGAAUUUCUCAAAGAAAUCACACUAAGAUCAAAGUAUUACAUGCGAAUGUCAAGAUAUAAAUCAUAGUUUUGGUUAUACAUGUCCAAAUUGUUUCAUUGAAAGUGAUUCUUAUUCUUUUUUCAUGUGUUUGAUGCAUUUCCGAGGUGAAUAAUAGAAUAGAAACGGUUUUACGACAAAUAGCUCGAUAUUGAUUAAAGCCACUUGUGUCAAAUCGAAAAUGCGAAUUCAAAUAUUUACAAGUUCGACGUAUCGUUAUUUGGUAAUGCAUUUACUGAUAGAUAAAUAAUUGAAUAAAGACUUCGAACUUGAGACAAAACUGUUCCAACUGAUGAGAGAAUAUUUUUCGAUGUCCGAGCAUUUUUCAGUUGAAACUUAGUACAUAUUACAGUUCUUAGUGAGUUGUGUCUACCAUAAAAAUAAUUCGUGUCCAUAGCAUAUUUCUGGAGAGCUCGAACAUCUUUACUAUUACAGUUAUAAGAAUCUUCUUAUCACACUGCGAUUUUUUAAAAUUCUAUUUCAUAGACAACCGACUUUAAAUGAGCUAAAGCGCUUUCAAAUUUUUACAACACUUUAAAACAAUUUGCAUAUUUCAUGCAUUGCUGCAUAUGAUCCUCUCUCUGGUCAAGGGAAUAAAUUAUCCAAUUUCUAGUCAUUUUUGCCAAGAUAUUGGAUACAUCAGUAUCACUUGAGGGUGUGGGUGUGGAUUUGGGUGCCGAUGUAGGUCUUCAGCUCAACCACACCCACACACCCACACCCAGCCACACCCACACCCACACCCACACCCACACCCACCCACCCACACCCACCCACACCCACCCACACCCACACCCACACCCAACCCACACCCACACCCACACCCACACCCACACCCACACCCACCCACAUCGAACAUCGAACAGCACAUACGGCAGCAAAAUCUUCUGACAGAUAAAGCAAGCGUUGUCAAUGAGACUUUGUGAAACUAUGCAACUUGACGAUCGAGAUUCGUUUGUUGGACAUUUUGUAUCAAUUCGUUGCCUUGUUUAAUUUUUGUCUGAAGAGAAUUCGUGUCGAUCACGUGACAUUAGACUUUUUUAGGAAGCAUCUAGUCGCUACUAAUUGAUUUCGUUCUUGUUACAGUCAACAACACGCUAUACCUCGACGUCUCUCUCUUUCUUUUGAUGAGUACCAUUUCGUUCACUUCUGUCUGAUCUACAUAUUGUCUCUCUCUGGUUUCUUUGAUUGCUUCUUGUUCGUUAUUGUUCGGCAUCUGUAUAUAGCUUCUACAGUUGGCAUAAGAAAGGUUACUCGUUUAACUGUUGUCCUGUCUGGUGCUUUUCGAUCUAUUUAAUUUUGAAAGCUCGUUUCGGUAAUAGUGUUGUAGGAUAUACAAUGGAAUUUUUAUCAAUUGGGCAUUGUAUCCAUUGAUCGAUUAUUUGUAGGAAUCAUUGCUACGUGCUAAUUAAUAUUGUCCAUCAAGUCAUCAUUAUAAGACGGGCUUUUGUGAAACGUAUCAAGGAAAAAUUUAGUGUAAAGUAAUAGCAUGCUGAUCGAUUUCGUCUUUUUUGUUCUCUUAUUACCUUUCGUCGUGUUUGGAUGUGGUAUUACAACGCACAUCGAAAUUUCACAUCGUGCUCAAGAACUUUGGCUACAUCAGCCUGUUUAUCAAGAAUAUGUUCUCCAGCAUCAAGAUGCAUUGCCAGGAGGAUCUUUAUACUCUGAUGUUAUGUACAAUAGUUUGUGUUACAACGGUAGCUUAUAUCAAGUGGCUGAAGAUACUCAUUGGUAUCCAUUUAUGAAAGUUGCCAUUGAAUAUAUGCGUGAUCGACAUCCACCACCGCUACAACCCGAUAAUGUCAAUGGACAAAAGUUACUUAUAUUCCUACUCGGUGUAGCCUCUCAUCAAAUAGCUGAUGCUGUGUGGCAUGGAAAUUUAACAGGCUGUCCAAAUGGAUUUAUCGAUGCAACAGCCUGGGAGAGUUUUAAUGGUAGUCGAGAAAUGGCACAUGCAAGUGAUGAUACAGGUGGAGAUAGUGUUGUUAAUUACGAGUUAGCGGUCGGUUAUAUCGGGCUUAUCAAUAACUGGUUCGUUCCAAGCAACGAACUUGAAGAGAUCUAUGCGCGAUAUGCUGUUGCCUAUAACUCAUCACUUGAAAAAGAUGCUACUGCGACACGUAUUCAGACCUGUUGCGAUGUUCUUGCCGCUGAACGAUUUGCUGAUGUUCUUUUUCUUCUCGGCCUUCAAUAUCCUACAUACUCACGCGAUAAUAGUUUUCUACUCGAUCAACUGCACGAAUACUACUACGGUGGUUUACCAAAUAUGGUUCAGUUGACAGUCCGAUAUUGGGAUCAGAUUAUUGCAAUGUACGAACAUGGGACAAAUAUUUGUACAUUGACCGGUAUUAAUCCAUACCAUCUGAAUUGUACCAUUCCUCUCAAUAUUACACAUCAACAACAGCAAGAAUUGACAUCGUAUGUUCGAUCAGCGCCUUCAGGCUAUUUAUCCUCUUUAAACAAUUCUUUAUCAUUGUUGUCGAUAUUUGCCAACACCGAAAUUCCGACUGGACUCAUUUCAAAUCAAAGUUAUGCCGCAUUUGGUCAUGCAACACUCUUUGGUGAUUUUAACGGUGAUGGACUUACCGAUCUUGUCGUGUCAGCACCCGAUUAUUAUGUACUCGGAUGUGUACAAGGUGGUCGAGUGUUCAUUAUCUAUGGUCAAGUGAAUCGUUCUCUCGUACUCGAGCGUCAAAUUGCGAUUAUUGAAGAACUUGCCGAUCAAACACUUAUUUCACCAAAAUGUGAUGGCGAUCGAUUCGGUUCAGCAUUGGCUCACAUUGAUUGGAACAACGAUGGAUUUGACGAUCUGGUUGUUAGCAGUCCAUCGCAUGGAUUCGGUUUUCAGGGAGCAGUGUUUGUGUUUGCCGGUGGUACCCAAGGUCUUCAGCCUCAACCAUAUAUGCGUAUUUAUGGAAUGAAUGAACAUGAUGCGAUCGGAUUCGAACUGCAUACGGCACAUCUCGAUAAUGAUAAUCAACUUGAUUUGAUCAUUACUAGUCCGUAUGCUCAACCGAACGGUUAUAAUCAACCACAACAAGGAGCUAUCUGGAUUUUCCUGAGCUCUGACCAUCAUAUAUUGGAUGAUGAACUCACUGUUGCCAAUGCAUCGUUCAGCAUUUGGGGUGAAACACCGAAAUCAAAAUUUGGUUAUUCACUUGAAAUAAUUCCACCAUCGUGUAUCGAUAAUGUUACCUAUCCAGCUGUCAUGAUCAGCGCACCAGCCGACAAUGGUAAACUAGAGGCAACUUCUGGCUUGCAACUUCUUAGUGCUUCGGUCUACGAUGAUAGUAUUUAUGAUUAUUUUGAACGAGCACCAUUCAUGGCCACAUAUAAAAUCAAACAAUCGGGCAAAUCUGGUGUUAAAGCAGCUUCUUCGAAAUGUAUUCUUUGCGGAUUUCAAAUGGAUGAUUAA